AUGUUAUCGUUUAAGAGUCCGAUAAAUAUGGGGAAGCAUUCCGAUGAGUAUUACUAUAAAGCAAAAGAGAAGGACAAUAGUAGCAGAAAAAAAAAAAGAAGAGAAAGAAGCUAUGACAAAAGUGAGAGAGAAAAAGAAAUAGAUGAUGAAGAUAUGAGAAAGUAUAAAAAUUAUCAAGAGGAGAAAAGUUAUAGGAAGAGGGACAGUGAAUAUUACAAAGAGAAAAUAAUUAAAGAGAGAAAAAAUAGCUUAAAAGAAAAUCAUAAAAAAAUGAAAGUGAAAGAAUAUAACCAUUGUAGUGAUGAGGAAUACAAGAACGUUUAUGCAAAUGAUAACAAGCAUAACAAGUCAUAUGAUUUAUCAUCAAUUAGUUCAAAACAUGUAGAAUCCCCAACAAAAAAAAAAUUUCAGGGGGAUAAGUAUGAGUACCAAAAAAAUGAAAGAGGGAAAAGACGUAACAUGGAAGAGAUGGAUGAAAAGAGGUAUGCACAUAAGUGCGAAGGGAAAGAAAAAGAGGAGGUAGAGGAAGAAGAAAAAAAUAAUAAUAAAGUAAAACACAACAAAAAAGGGGCUCAUUGUAGUGACAACUACUCCAGUGGUAGUAGCUCAGCAGAACGGGAAAAAUACUACAAAAGGGGGAAAAUUGGAAAAGGAGUAAGAGAAGAAGAAGAAGAAGAAGAAGAAGAAGAAGAAGAAGAAGAAGAAAGGGGAACAGAAAGAGGAGAAGAAGAAAGAGCAGAAAAGGACUUGGAUAAGGAAGGAAAAAAAAAGAAAAAACAUCACUACAGCUAUGCACGGAGUGAUUCCCAUAGCACAGUAAGGGGAAAACACGAUGGCAAAAGAGAGUAUGAAAAAAAAAGGAAAAAAAAAAAAAGAGAUAGUUACGACGGGGUAAGCAGUAAGAAUGAUGAGGAGGAAGAGGAACAAGAGGAGCAAGAUUACCAAAAGGAAAAAAAAAAAAAAGAAGGAAAAGAAAGGAGCAGAGAACAGAUGAGUGGGGGUAAAAACCGCGUAAAGGAGCACGCAAAAGGUGAAGAAGAAAAUGCGGAAGAGGAUGAAGAAAAAAAGGAGGAUCCUAAUAAACUUAGCAGACUAGAAAGACUAAAGCUGUUUGCGGAAAAAAUAAAAAAAUCAGGGAAUGAGAAAACAGGGAAAGGCACAAAAUUUUCGUUAACCACUACAAGUAGUAGUGCACACAAAAAGGUACAUUUAGAGGUUUUUAUGUUAAAUAGGAAAGAGGAAGACGGGACGAAUAUUAAUAGAAAUAUAUCCUUGGACGAGACCAUUUUGAAUGAUGAAAAUCGUUAUAGAGGAGGUGAGGAGGACGGUGGUCUUAUUAUGGGUAUAAAAAAAAAUGGGGAAAAGGGACUAGGAGAAAAAGAUGAAGAAGAAGUGGAACAGGGAGAAGACCCAUUAGAACUGUUUAUGAAAAAUUUAGAAAUAGAAAAUAUGGAAGAGGGGGAUGAUAAGGAGGAGGACGGAAAAAUAAGAGCUAAUCAGUGCAUAACGUUAGACGAAAUUUAUAGCUACCAUAUGAACAGACACAAAUUUGAAAAAGUGCAAAGUGAGGGGGAGGAUGACAAUGCGAAUAAUUCUAAUGAAGCUGAUAGGACUGAGGAGAAAGAAAUAUGUGAUAAGGAAAUGAACAAAAGUAGGAUUCAAAUGAACAAUGCUUCUAGUGAAGAAAAUCAAAUGAAAAAUGCAUCGGAUGAGGAAGAUGAAAAAUUUCACAAACUGUUCAUCGAGGCACUUAAGAAAAAAGCGGAGGACGAUGUGAAGAAAGAAAAUGAGAAGGAAGUAAAAGUUACAGCAGAAAAUGGUGUAGCAGGAAAAGAGGAUGACAAAAGGAGCGCAAAAAAGAAGCAGGAGCUGGAGAUUGGAGUAAUAAGCGAUACAGAGGAAAACUCAAAUGAAGACUUAAGUGACGACAGCGAGUUCAACUGUGAAACGAAUAGUUUGAAAAAGGUUAACAAGAAAGUGUUACAGGUCAAUCAUGACGAAAUUGAGUAUUUACCAAUAAAAAAAAAUAUUUAUGUACAAGUAAGUGAAAUAACAAAUAUGAAAGAAAAUGAUGUUGACAUGUUUAGAAAAAAUAAUGGAAAUAUAAUUGUGAGGGGUAAAAAUUGUCCUCGUCCAGUGCAAUACUUUUAUCAAUGUGGAUUACCUUCAAAAAUUUUACCCAUUUUAGAAAAAAAAAAUUUUAAAAAAAUGUUCAACAUACAAAUGCAAACUAUACCUGCACUUAUGUGUGGUAGAGAUGUUAUAGCUAUAGCUGAGACAGGUAGUGGAAAAACCUUGUCCUAUUUAUUUCCUCUAAUUCGACAUGUUUUACAUCAACCACCUUUGAGAAAAAAUGAUGGACCUAUAGGUAUUAUCCUCACACCUACAAGAGAGUUAAGUAUACAAGUAAAAAAUGAAGCAAAAGUAUAUUGCGAUUCUGUUAGUUUAAAAAUAUUAGCAGUAUAUGGAGGUUCCAAUAUAGGAAAGCAAUUGAAUACUUUAAAAAGAGGAGUAGAAAUAUUAGUAGGUACUCCAGGUCGUAUUAUAGAUAUACUAACUAUUAGUAAUUGUAAAGUAACUAAUUUGAAUAGAGUAUCAUUUGUUGUAUUAGAUGAAGCAGACCGUUUGUUAGACUUAGGAUUUGAAUCUCAGAUUCAUAGUAUAUUAAAUAAUUGUAGAAAGGAUAAACAGACAGCUAUGAUUUCUGCUACGUUUCCGAAUUAUAUACAAACCUUAGCAAAAAAAUUAUUAUAUAAACCUAUAGAAAUAAUAGUUGGAGAAAAGGGAAAAACGAAUAAUAAUAUUUAUCAGUUUGUUGAAGUACUGGAUGAAUCUAAAAAAAUUUUUCGACUUUUAAAAUUACUAGGUGAAUGGGUAAAAUAUGGGUUAAUUCUUAUUUUUGUUAAUAAACAGUUAGAAGCAGAUGUGUUAUAUUUAGAAUUAUUCAAAUAUGAUUAUAAAACGUUAGUAUUACAUGGAGGGCAGGAUCAAGCAGAUCGACAAUGUACUUUACAGAAUUUUAAAAAUGAACAAAACAAAAUUUUAAUUGCUACUUCUGUUAUGGCGAGAGGAAUAGAUAUAAAAAAUAUUAUACUAGUAAUUAAUUAUGAAUGUCCAGAUCAUAUAGAAGAUUAUAUUCAUAGGAUUGGUAGAACAGGACGAUCUAAUAAUAUAGGAUAUGCUUACACGUUUAUUACACCUAAUGAACAUUCAAAAGCGUAUGACAUUUAUAAUUUAAUUAAAAAUAAUAUUUAUUACUUAAAUAAAACAAUAGAUAUACCACCUGAACUUGAAACCAUGGUUCAACAAUAUGCAAAUAGUAACUCCGUAGACAUUAAAAAAAAAAAAGGAUACAAAGGAAAGGGAUACAAGUUCACACCUAAUGAAAAGUCAAGGAUGCAAUUAGACAAAGCUCUUGCCAAAAAGGAGCUCGGUUUAGUAGUAGAGGAAAAUGCGGACAAUGUAGAUGUGUAUACCUCCGACGGGGAUGUAGAAAACACUUCGAGUAGGGAAAAUGUGAAUAUGCCAUCUAACGCUGUAGUGCCACCUUCCCCUAACACGCCACUUAGCCGUAGCAUACCAAUUAACAAUAAUACGCAUCCUAACCAUAACACGCAGUCUAACCAUAACGCUCCGCUUAACGCGGACCCUAAUGAGAUGAAAAAAAUCGAACUAGAAAUACAACGAAUAAAGAUGAACGACACAAUGAACUUAUCAUUGAAAGCAAAAAAAAUAAACGAACUGAUGAAAACAUAUAAUUUUAUUGCACAUCAUCAAAACAACUACAGGAGUGUUAAUAUAUCCCAGGAGAAUGAUAUUGACAAGGCUGCAGAGCAAGAAGCAUUAAAAGCAACAGAACAUAUAAAGGAUGAAAAAGAAAGGCAAGCUACAUUUAACAAAACCAAGGAGGAUAUUAAAAAAAAAUUAAUAAAUAACAAAAUGCAAAUGGAAUCGAGAAAUGAAAGUAUUCAAAGAAAUAUGCUUUUAAAUGUUAUCAGAACAAAAAAUAUGAAGAAAUAUUCCCCUUACUUACCACAUACAUAUAUUACAGAGGAUAACACAAUUUUAGAAGAAUUUUACAUUAAUGAUUACCCACAACAUGUUCGUUUAAAAAUUUCUCAUCGCGAUGUUUUGGCAAGAAUUGCUGAUAUGUCAGGAGCUAGCUGUCAAAUUAAAGGACAAUAUGCUAACCCAUCCAAACCAAAUAAAACCAAUUUCUUACUAGACACUAAACCACUACACAUAGAAAUUACUGCAUCAACAUACAAUCAAGUACAAAUAGCUCGAAAUGAACUCACAUCUCUUCUUAAUGAUUUUAUGCAAAAAUGUAACAUCAAAAAUCAGAAAACAAGUGCUGUAUAUAGUGCCUUUCGUUAG